CAGAAGACUCUUGGCAACAAUUCCCAAAAGAAUCAAGAUCUCACCCACUCCAGAAUGAGCUUGUUCAGUUCCAUGCUGCUGCUCCUGUUCCUGGUCAGGGCUCAUUUUGGAAAGCCUGCAAACAGCUUUUCUCUUCUUAAAGACACCUGGCAUGAAGAUGAACUUGCCAAAAACUUUGUCAUCCCAAUCCAUUGGGCUAAUGCCAUGCCAUGUCCUGAAAGGCAGUCUAGCUCUGGGACACCAAGUCUGAAAUCCGCACCACCCCUUCUGUGCAAGCGGCAGGAACACCAAAUGCAAUCAUGGCAAGGGAUGCAUCCGGUGAAGAGCAGAGUGAUCUCCAUCCCACAGGAGGCAUUGCUGGUGGAACGGGAGAAAGACCUCUCCACCUAUAACUGGAAUUCAUUUGGCUUAAGAUAUGGCAAACGGCAAGCAGUGAAAGCCAAGAUGAAAAUAUGAAGAUAUGGAAGAGAUCUACCAAAAGAUGGCAAGGAGAGGGGGGAAUGAAGAGCAGAAGAAAGUAUCCAUUGGCUAAGUAAUG